CUCCACGUAAGGAUCUCACCUCCCCGGCCCUCUCCACUUUAGAAUGAAAUAUCGCGACUAUUAUCGUGAUCUUUACCGUUCCCCUCCUCUCCUACCCUGAACACCAUUUAUCCCUAUCCCGCUGUCUUUUGGAUCGCAGAAGCACUUUUUGACCAUUUGCUACCGGUCUAGUGCAAUUCCUCGAGAAACGCGUGGACAACCAUCCGACCCUGAGUGGGCAGGGGGAGUUCUUGACAAUAGAAACCAAUUUUGCUCAUAUAGCGCUGGAAGUCCUCACUAUUUCUCGGCGAUCGCUUCGUUCGCGGUAAAUGGGAGUGCAUGGGAUCGUUCUUCCUUCAUUGAGGACAGCGAACUCAACCGGCAGCACCACCAACACCAAAACCAGCAACAGUAUCCUGAUACUUCUAUGGGUGAGUCUAGCCAGCUGAGUAGGGCUUAUGGCUUGCCGAAUAUCCACGGAUCCCCAUCGGCGGCACCGCAACAGCAGUCGUUCGGAACUUAUGAUGAAUCGAGAAUACAGGCUCCUAUCGCCCCAAUUUCAACCGGUAUGGGGGAAAGUGCUGCAAGAAAUGCGGGCCGAUCAAUGAAGCCUUUAGUGACGCCAUUCUACAUUGCAUCGUCCCAUACAGAGACAUUGGGAUCGCCGGUUUCUGUUUCUGGCUCGGAUCACUCACCCUAUGCCUCACAAAUUAGGCCAACCCCUCGCGAUGGAUUUACUCCGAGCCAAGACGUGGGAAAACCAAACAGUUCAGUCCAGGAACAAGUAGAAAUGGAGCCGUUUAGUAACUUUCCACCGGCUAUCUCGCCCUUCGCCCCCUGCGGUUCGACACAACCCAUUCGAGAAGACGAUCGCCAGAUGUGGCCCACCCAUGGAACGCAUGGCAUCCGGUGGGCAAAGAGUGAGCAUGCCUCCCCAAUUGAAGACUCAGAAAUUCCAGGUCCCAAGCUCAGGAGAUCUUCCCUAAAGACUUGUGAACUUGGAGAAACAGGUCUUGGUUUUCCAGGCUGUUUCGUGCUUGUUCCCACUGCCGAUAGUCCUCCGGAUUCAGAAUCUCAAUCAGGAGACGGACCAGAACCUAGUUUAGUGUCAGCUAAGAAGAGUGUUCGGAGGCCGAUGGAGGAAGCGGAGCGGGCAGCGAUAAAACUAAAUAGGAAGUUGGGGGUUUGUCUCCGCUGCAAAAUAUUCAAAGAAAGGUGCCGAGGAGGGUUUCCCUGUGAUCGCUGCCGGUCCCUGAGGCAUUGGAAAAAUAUCUGUGUUUCGGCACACUUUGCUCACAGAUCGAUAUUCUCCCGGGGACUCUGGAAAGCUCGUCUAGUCCCUUCGCUGCGCAAUGUUGCUGAAUGGGUUCCAUUAGACUCCAAUUCCAUAGAGUACAUUCAUGUCAGCAACGGGUAUGCACCAUCAAUUGCUGUAGCGGUCCAGCAGUUCAAGCCGGUCGACUCCACACUUUUGGAUCAUGUGCUUUGGAGGGAGCUUCGGAAAACUGAUUUCGCCCGGAUUCCUUCUUCGGCAAUUGCGGUGUCCUCAGAAAUCCCUUUUGAUAAGUUAGAUGUGUAUUUUGGAGAUCACAUACUUCCUCUCGUAAAUGAAAUCCAGAUGUUGGCCGGUUCGCAAGCGCAUGAACAGACGUUUGCGCAAACGCUGCGGGCUGCCUGUGACUAUUCUUCAGCCAACCCAGAAAAUGGCUAUCUUGUUAGGAAAGCAUUGCGACUCUGGGCUGCGCAAAUAAUUUACUUCAAGGGUGUGUGGAGAAUUAGCGGACAAAACAAAGUGGGGAUGUUCCCAAUCCAAGAUCCCAAGUCGAAGCUUUAUGGCAUUACUCCGUUACCUAGGCUUGCCAACCAACAAUUAGAUGCUAGGGUGGAAGAGUGGAUGGCUCAAAGGGAACAAGGACUCCUCACAGAGCUCCAGACCAAGAUUUUCAAGCGCAAUUCCACAGAUUGGUUUACAAUAUACCUCACCCUGUUUGUCACCCUCAGCACGCUUGAGAUGGAUACGUGGAGCCUAAAGACAUGGGCUACGGAUUCGAAAGACUUAUUGGAUAGAAUUGAAGCAAUGGAUUUGCGCCAUCCAAACGAGUCUCGUAGAGCUUGGUUAUGGCCACUUGCAGACAAUCCCGAAACCCUAGUGGAUCGGAAUACCUUUCUUACGGAGACCCUUGUCGCCCACUUCAGGUCUGUGACUAAGGGGUUUGUCCCGUUUACGUUGGAUUGGUACAGCGAUCAGGCUGUUGUCAUGGCAGGUGGAGAGCAAUAUGCGCUAGAAUACAUGAGGACUAUCGGUCAGCAGGUGAAGGCGUCUGACCGACAGUUGCGAGAGAGGAUAGUAGCAGAGUAUAGCAGGGAAGACAUCAACAGUCUUAAAUUAUCGUACUCUGCAAAAUUAAUGGUGGGCGAGGACUCGUGAUCUACCCAUACCCGUUCCUACAAUUUUCGUCGAUCAGAUUAUCUUUCCACCAUUAGUCACUUAUUUGUUUUAUUUUAUUAUGAAGGGAGGUCUUGUUUGGUUUGGGCAUAUUUCUUUACUCGGAAAAUAUCGGACAAAUGGAGUCUUUACGUUUUCACUGGGAAUAGCACGCUUAUUCGUUCUGA